AUGUUCUUGGACCACAUUAUUACAAAAGAUCACGCUUACUUGGAGGAUUACAAGGAUAUAAAAAAGCAUCUUACUCACAAAGGCGGUAAAAUCCCCCGUUGGUAUCAAUUUUUAAAAGAUAAUAUCACCAUCAACAAUCAAGGGAGACUAUAUUUUGAUUUAGAUAGACCGAUUAUUCAAAACCCUUCUGCUCCACGCCCUGCUAUCCCACCGGUAGAUCCAAUAACUCUUCACCAUCCAAAAAAAUCUCAACAAUGGGUUGCUACUUGGACACAACACUUAUCUGACAUCACAUACGGCAAACUUAUGAGUACGAGCCAUUUCCCUAAUUGUUUACCAGUAUCAUAUUUAGAACAUUGGAUCCACAAAGAUUUGACGUUUACGCUUCCUUCUACAACACCACGUUCAUUGCCCAACAUUAUUACUAAAUGCCAAGGAUGUGCUCAGCAUUUCACAUAUUAUGUUGGUAAUCUCAGACCAAAAUGUAUUAUUCAAGUCAAACAUCAAGAUUUAAUUUUAAUAGAUGCUUUUAGCAAGAAGAAACGAGAAGAACUUUCCCCACGUCCUGCUAUUACGAUUAAUUCUUUUCAACUAUUAAAAUAUAGUCAUCCUCAUUAUCGUCUAUUAGCCUUUAAUGAUUUCUUAUUACAACAGGGACAUAACUCCACAGUUGAUUUUAGACUGAUUGCACCACCUUCGUUAAAUUCUGACUCAGUCAUACGCUCUUCAACCAAUGAUAAGUUAAUCACCUGCCUAAUCGACGAUAUCAAAAUCGCAGAGGAUAUGAAAGUAAUUUCCAUUAACCUUAAUUCGUUUACAAUUCUUGACAUAUACACCGAUGGCUCUUAUGAUCCUACUAAUAUACAUGAGGGUUUCCCUAUGGGUUAUGGAUGGACAACCUCAAACCUUACUGGUACUAACAUCACUUACAAUGGAUCUCUUAGAUUUUUUCCGUCAUCAACCAAAGCGGAAACAAUGGCUAUUUUAACUGCGUUAAUAGUAUGUCCUAGUAAUUGUUUUGUUAAUAUUCAUACGGACUCUCAAGCUGCCAUAGAUUCAUUCUACAAGACGAGAAAUUUACAUUCAAUCUCACCGAGACUUUUCAAUAAAAUCAACAAUAAUAUUUUAUGGUCCGCUAUUAGGGAUGGGGGUUAA